UUUAUCGGAACGCUAUGGAUCGCAAACGAAUUCUGAAGCGCUUGAGAACGAUACGAAUCGUUUUCCUGGUGUUGGCGGCUGUUGCGCGAGGGAUACUCGGUGGAGAGUUGAUGUACAUCAUUUUGGACGGUCAUUUUACUUCCAUGUGUUGGUUCCACGCAGACAUGGAAGCGUGUACGUUGGCCAGCAUAGCAUCCACUCUGUUGUUGAUUGUGUCCGGUUCUUUUCUAUUACUGGAUGUACUGGGUGGACUAGAUGUUGUAGUGCGUGGAUUUGUGGCGAAGGUUGCGCUGUUUGUUGAUGGACUGCUGAUUGGGCAGUUGGUGUUCAUCUUUCUGGGUGCGUUCUUGUAUACACUCGUGCAGUGGAUUCGAACUGUGGUGGACUGGCCUUAUAUCACACUGGACGAUGACAAACAUGUCUGUCCUGAAUCGGAUGAUUGCAGUAUACCUGUUCAUGUUCACUAUUGUGCUAUGAUACUGUUGGUCAUUUUCAUCACGAACUUAUGUCUGCUGACCUUGCAGUUCUUCACAAUCAAGAAGGCUCUUGCUUGUAUUGAAAUAGCGAAUGAUGCAGGUUGAUUUGGAAGACGACUGGUGUUGUAAAUAGGCUGGAUGUCGAUAAAGAAUUUGCGUACUCUGAUUCUACCAACAUGGCUAAAAAUUCAUCACAUGACAGCAGACUCAAUUGUUCUCUUGACGUAUCCUCUUUAUAGACGUAGAAGCGUUGGCGAGGUGCAAUCAAGACAUUGCUACUUGUGUGUGUCUGGCCAACUAUUAGUCUAAACGUUUUGACAAAGAUAGUAAAAGUUCGACAUUUUAUCUAGAGUACAAACUGAUGUGAUCAUGGGAUUGGAGGAUUCUCAUUUACUUUGCUAUAUUUUAGCUAAGUGCACUUAUUUAGCUAACUGCACUUACUACUAACUAUUUAUUGAUAUAUUUCAA